AUGGCAAGUGGAACAACUGAAGAUAAGUUAAGCGCUUGUUGCUUAACUGAAUAUCGUCCCUUACCGGGAACUCCACGUGGACAAAUAAUCAAAUUUGCUGGUGUUGAUACUUAUUUUAUUGAAGGAAAUGAUCAGAAAUCAAAAGGAAAAGUUAUUGUCCUUCUAACUGAUGUAUUUGGCUUAGUAAAAAAUCCCCGUAUUAUCGCGGAUGAAGUAUCGCAAAAGACUGGGAUGGAUGUCUAUGUGCCUGAUUUAUUCAACGGCGAUGCUCUUCCUUCAUCCUUUUUAAAAGAUGCGCCUGAUGUGCCCGGAGAAAAGAAAUCGUUCGGUUUAAAACUGAAUUUUAUGGGAAAGUUAUUAACAAAAGUGGGACCAUGGAUGAUUCGACAUCGUCAAGGCGUCACUCUUCCAAUUGUAGAGAGAUUUUUCAAAGCACUUCGCGCGGAAAGAAAUGCAAGUCGAAUCCAAUCCGUUGGUUACUGUUUUGGUGGUCUUUACACGUUAUUAGCUGGAGGACCACUUCAUCUUGCAGAUGCCAUAGUCGGUUGUCACGUCUCGUUGAUGAAUAAGACUCAUUUUGAACAAUUACAAGUACCAGCAGCAUUCGCCUGUGCGCAAGAGGACGAUUAUUUUUCCGAUUCUUUUCGAACAGAAGCACAACAAAUUCUUGCGCGGAAAUCGGAUAUACCAAGUAAAUUUGUGUUAUGCGAUGGCACAGUACAUGGUUUUGCUUCUCGACCAAAUCCAGACAAUCCCACUAUCAUGGCAGCAUUCAAACAAGCCAAUGAUUUAAUUGCAGAAUGGGCGACAACUCAUCUAUAG